AUCAUCUUCCCCACACAAAGCUCUCAUCUUUCAAUCUUCAAACCACUCAAAACUACUCAUACAACCUCUCCUCCCACCCAAUGGCAUCUCAGACCAUCCAAAACCACCGCGAAGGUGCUGAAAUUUACAGAGGAGACGAACUCUGCAAGAAGAAGUCCAUCGAACUGCUAGAACAGCUCUGCCUCCCCAAAGGUCUCUUUCCCCUAGAAGACAUUGAGGAAUUCGGCUACAAUCGCGAAGCCGGCUUCAUAUGGCUGAUACAAAAGAAGAAGAAAGAUCACGUUUUUAAGCAAAUAAAGAGGGCUGUGUCAUAUGCACCGGAGGUGACGGCCUUCGUGGAGAAGUACAAGCUGAAGAAGAUGACCGGCGUGAAGACGAAGGAGCUGCUGCUAUGGCUUUCUGUUGUCGAAGUUUAUUUCGAGAAGCCCACAUCUGAGAAGCUGACAUUCAAGACUGGUACCGGACUCUCCGACAGCUUCGAAGCCUCUGCUUUUGAGCUGUAAGAGAAGAUGAAGAGCAGAAAUCAAUUUGAUGGAGCGAUAGACUAGUUAGAAGAUGAUGUUGCUUCGUUGUUGUAGUUUUAAUUUAUGAUGUAUUCUGAAAAUUUAUCUUAUUGUAAUGUUGUGUUUUUUAAUGAAAAUUUAUCUUUCUUGCUGCA